AUGCAAUUCUUCUACAUAGCCAUUCCAGCCUCCCUGGCAUCGCUGGCAUACUCCCAGUCCAUCCCCGACCUGGCCGCCCAGAUACCUUCAUGUGGUUAUACUUGUUUGGUAGACGCUGCCAAAACCGCUGGUUGUAGUAUAACGGAUUAUGCCUGCAUAUGCGGUCCAAAGAGACCUGCCCUUAUCAAGGCCGGGACACCAUGUAUUGCAAGUGGAUGUCCUCUCCGAGAUGCCUUGGACACUCAGAGGCUCGGCACUCAGAUUUGCGCUGUACUCUCUGGGGUUUCAUCCUCCGCCAUCCCAUCAGCUAUAUCGACAGUAUCAAGUGCUACUAGCUCCAUUGCACCGUCGUCGUCGGUAUCGCCACAGGAAACCUCCAUUUCAUCAUCAACGAGCUCCUCCGAGGAUGUAUCAUCAAGUACGUCGAGUACUGCCUCCAGAACUGAUGCCGCUGCCAGCGCCACCUCUUCUGCCCAGGGGCAAGUCUCUGCUAGUGCUGGAUUGAAACGUGAUGCUAUGGGUGGUGUGGUUGGUGUGGCUAUGCUUGCCGCGUUUGCCUUAUAA